CUGCCGCGGUGCCCGGAGCGCGGGCGGUGGGUGCGGGAGCGGAGCGGCCCCUCCGCCUCACGGGCAGCCGCGGGGACAUCGCUCCCUGGAGGGCGACUGGGCGUCCUGGAUCCCACGAUGAGGAUGAUCGAGAGCGUGGACUCGGUGGUGACCAGGUCCAGCGAGGACCUCUGGGCUGAGAUCUGCUCCUGUCUGCCACAUCCCGAGCACAAGGACGCCGGCGAUGCUUUCACAGACUCCUUCGUGGAUUCCUACGCCGAGGGCAGCGGUCCGGGUGGCUCUUCCCAACCUACCCUGAAGCCCUGGGCACCCCUGAACGACUCGGAGGUGUAUUUAGCGUCCCUGGAGAGAAGACUGAUGAGGAUCAAAGGCCUUUCCCAGGAGGUGACCUCCAAGGACAUGCUGCGCACGCUGUCCCAGGCCAAGAAGGAAUGCUGGGACAGGUUCCUGCAGGAGAAGUUUGAGGCAGAAUGUUACAUAGAGGGCCACGAUGCUGAUGAGAGCACGCUGGAGCACCUGAAGCGCUGGCUGCAGCCUGACAAAGUGGCCAUCAGCUCCGAGGAGGGGCAGUACCUCAUCCCGCCGGAAUCGCAGCCGGAGGCCGAGGAGGAGCCUCCGGCUUCGGAGCAGUGAGAGCCCCCGGCCGUGCCCAGGGCUGCCUCUUGUCCCAGCCCCCAGGAAGAUGUACCCAGCCAUAGGAAUAGCAGGAAGAGGGGCACAGAGCAAAUUGUCAGUAAUUGAAAAAGUAAUUUCUAAAAGAAACAACCUCCAACACAACAAAUUCCAGCUCUGGAGCUCUGCAGACAGCGACUGGCACUGGUAGGGACAAGAGGGAACACCUGUGACACGGCUGAACCAAAACCUCACGUGGAUCUUCUCCAGCCUGCAGCCACCUCAUCGUUCCAGCCUGGAUGUGGAUUGUUUAGAAUCCAUCAGGAGACACAUUAAACAACAACAAAAGCAGUUGUGGAGAAGCACCAGAAGACAUCACGGUCUAGAAUAGAGCAGAGAAACCACUGAAUCACUUUUAUUCUGUCUUUUACCUUUUCAUUACUCAGCUGGGCAUUGUUUUCCUCUCCUGCCAAAUCCACUUUGGUGUUUUCUCCAAUUCUUCACUGUUUCAAUCUGACUUGGCCCCAAGCUGUGCCAGGAAGAUGAUGGAUAUUUCCCACCUCUGUGAAUUUGGGACCCUGAGGGAAGCUCUCACUGUCGUCAAUGAAUUGAUAGUGUCAUUGACACUGUAGCUAUUUCACAUUCCUCUCUGUAAUGUACCCCCUAAUAUCCCACUUUAUUGCCCAAAAUCUCUAUUACAGACUUUAGGGGGAGUAUUUUUCCUCUUGUUGGUUGUUUUGUACCUGUUCAGCCUCUCCAGAAAAAAUUACAUGAGAUUCUAUAUGGGGAAACCAAGAGGGGUAGCCAGGAAAGCUACAAACAACUUGUUUUCAUCACAAAAUUGCAUAGAAUUCUCUGACUUUAAAUAUAUUUCGUUUUUAAUUUGUUUCUUCACCCUGUUUAACUCUUCAAAGGGUUAUUCCCUUUUACUAAUCCAAGAAUCUGUGAUUUUGUGCUGAUUUUUCACUGAUCUGUGUGUUCUGCCUCGGCACCAACACUGGAGGUCGGUAGAGGGAAGCAGCACGGUCUGUCAGAGCUUCUUAGGGGAAAUUGUGGUUCUAAGAGUUAAUCCUCACUGGAUUCAUGUAUGUUCAUUUAUGUAUCUGUUUGAAAAUACUUUUUUAGGAGUAAAUUUUUGCUGGAGCCUCCCAGUUUCCUGUCUCUGUACCCAAAUAGAGGCACUGCUCUGUCAGUCACCAGGUCACAACUCGGAGAUUGUUCCCACCAUCAGCUUUCCUGGUGUAACUCCCACCCCAGACUCGCCUCCCAGAAGAGUUCCCCUCCCACGCUCAGAAUUCUCCAUUAAAACAAUCCCUUGUUUUUUAAACCUUGAGGAAUGGGGUCAAUCAUCUGAGUGCCAGUGAUGCACAAAUUGCAAGCCUCGUGUCUUGCUGGUUUGGUCAUUAAAUGUCCCUUUUAAUUUAUCCUUUAACUGACCUUUAUUAAGCCUGUGUCCUUGUGCAGAUCUCUCUCACCUGAUGUAACAAAGCUGUGACAAAGAUACAGAAUUCUGUGCUGUUCCCAGAAAUGGUUUGUGCGGAGAGAGAAAGCAGCAAUUUCUCUGUCCCCAGCCUAUUUCCGAGUCAAUAAAAUUCUUCUUAUGGGUAGCAAGAA